AUGAAUGAUUCCAAAGAUGAUAGACGGGUUUCAGUUCAAUGUUCACUGCAAUUAUGGUCAUUAAAAUUUCCAGGUAUUCAUGAAAAAGAUAUCUCUGUUCAUAGUUAUCAGCAAAAACCCGUAGCUAAACCGAAAUUAUUAGAUCAUCGUGAUCAACAACAAAAAAAACCAGCAUAUUAUGAUGAAUAUCAUUCGUAUUAUGAAUCUCGUUUCAUGCCAUUUCAUAUUUCAAAUAAAUUAUUCCAAAAUUUACGCGAUAAAUUAAAUGAACUCGAUCAGUUGAUGACAACGUUAAAAUGUAUCAAAAUUAUAUGGUUGUGUUAUGAUACGGUAUGGUUAGCAUUUUCAAAUGGUACAUACGUCUUUAUUUUUAUUGACAAAACAAGUAGAACACUGAAAAAAAUAGUUAUUGAUAAAACAACGUUGAAAAAAAAGUUGAAUAUCACUGAUUCGUCCACAACAAUAUGUGAUAUCUAUUUGAAUGGCAAAGGUAUUUAUGUAUUAUACGAUAAUUUGUCAAAAUUUGAUAUUAUGAAAUUUUCGUCAGCAAUAAAGAAUUUUGAGAAAUUCAGUCUAUCAAAUGAAAAUGUCAAAAUUUAUACGCAUGAAAUACCGAUUUAUGCAAUAAAACGUAAAAUGAUAAUAAAUGAAAAAGCUGAUUUAUUAACCGUGUGGUGGUCAUCAUUGUCAACACGAAUCGAUUUAGUUGAUAAUAAUACUAUUGGUCAAACAAAAGCAAACGUUUUGUGUUUAUCAAUGAAUGAUGAUGGUACAUAUAAAGUAAAUACACUUCAAACUGAAACAUCAGCACCAUACUAUUGUUCGAGUACAUCAACCGGUUUAACGACAAUCGAAUUAUCUGAAACGAUUACAACAAAUAACUCACCAACAUAUGAUUUUAGUAUAUAUUAUUAUGAAAAUUUUCGUUCUUUACCAUUACGUUUAGUUCAUGUUCAAUUGCCAUCGACUAUCGUGCAUGUUAUACGUUCAACAUCGUAUACAGUUAUGUACUUAAGUAAUUGCCAAUUAGUUUGUAUUAACGAAUUUAAUCAUGUUCAACGUUCUAAACAAUGUUUACUAACGAGAAAUGUUACCGGUCUCUGGUGGACUACUGAAAAUUUGCUAUUUAUUGUAUCAGAUGAAAAUGGUUCACUUCUAUUCUAUGAUAUAGCAUUAAAUCCCAUAUGGCCAAUAUUAACAACAAAUAAUAUUUUAAAUUUUCAUUCACUAGGUAUGGAUAAAACCUGUUCAUUAGUCAAUGUACAACCAUUAUCAUCGAUAGUUAAUUCCUCAUCAACAUCAAAUACAUCAAAUAUAACAUUAUUGUUUCUAUUUUCAAAUUCAACUGGUUUAUUUGAUUUACAUUUACCAAUAUCCAAUCUUCUAUCAUUAGUUAAAUUCUAUUUAAAAUGUCAACAAUAUUCAUAUAUUAUCGAUUUACUAUGGUGUUUAGAUUGGUCUCAUCAAGAUUAUGAAUGUAGAAUAGCCAUGUCAAUAACAGUUAAUGAGCUCUUAAAAUACGAAGGGAAUCAUAUUGAAUAUUAUCUCGAACAAAUAUUUCGAACAUUUUAUUCACCAUUGAGACCCAUAUCCGAUGUGUCCAUCAUAAGAAAUCGACAAUUUGUUACACAACUAGCUAAACGAUUUUUUUAUUAUUUAUUACGUUUGAAAAGUUUUACAAAAGCCUAUUUGUUGGCUAAAGAUAUUCAUUUAAGAGCAUUAUUUAUCGAUUUAUACUAUGAAUGUGAUCGGACAAAUGAUUUAACAGUAAUGAAUGAAUGUGUGAAAGAAAUUCAUGAAUUAAAAAAAGUUGAACAUGAAGCAGACGAGAAUGAGGAUGAUUCUUCACCGUUAACAGCAUCACUUAAUGGAGACACAGAUGGUGAUCGAGAGUCGUUAAGUGCUGUUUCAGUUACAUCAAGUGAUGAUGAGGACAUACUAAUCAAAGCAGCCACAGCAACAUCCACACCAUCAAUCCAUCGUCAAAAUGAAGAAACAUAUGGAGAUAUCCGAGAAAUUAUAAAUUCAGCUAUCAAUCAUUAUAAAUUAGACGAAAAUAUGUGUAAAUUAUUAGCCGAAAGGGUUUACUCAAUGUAA